AUGCCAUUACUUUAUGUGGUAUGUGAUAAUACAGCACGUGCUGGCAGAAGAUCACAACCGACGAGAACACCAACGGUUACUAAUGACAACGAAAGACGAGAAGGAGAAACAGAAGAAGUAAUGAUCGAUGAAAUCCGCCAAUAUCAAGAUUUCAGACGUCUGGAGAAUCGAUCAAAAUUAGAAGCUUUCUUCAAGCUGAAUAGAGAAGACCAAGAGGCAAGACGGUAUUUGUAUGCGGAAAUACCAGAACACUAUACUUGGGAUAAUAAAAACUCGAAUGGAAGAGACGAAGGCAAGUUAGUAAACAAUUAG